CGGUGACAACCCGACGUCAUUAAUGCGCGCCGCGUGUUUACAGACAUCCGUCCAAAAAAAAAAAAUCAGUCUCCAGUUUCCAGCUGUUGUCACCCUGAACACCGAGCAGUUUCCAGCUGUUGUCACCCUGAACACCGAGUCCUACUUUAGAUUAUGACAUGAGUGCAGCUGGAGGACAAGCACGGUCCCUGUGGAUGUUGUCUCAGUGUUGAUGUGAAACCAAAAAAGUUGUCCGAGGUCGAAACCCUCUUUAAAACUGCUCAUUAUAAAGUUACAGUGAUGUGACACUCACUUAAUGUGAGAGGUCAAAACAUGGAUGAGGAAGAAGACCUGGAGACACUUGGUGAACAGCUGUACUCUCUGAUUUACCCCAACCACCAAGAGGAUGCUGGGAAACUCACAGGGAUGUUGCUGGAGCUUCCAGGUGCUGUCCUGAGUCAGAUGCUGCAGGACGAGGCCACGCUGACCGCAGCCGUGGAGAAAGCCCUCAGAGCCCUGCAGCUGGCACAGGAGCCCAGCCAGGUGACAUGUAAGGACGAGGAUGACGUGUCGGUGUCCUCUGACUCUCUGGGUGAGCAGCUGUUUGAGUUGGUGGAUGUUUACAACACCGGCCACUCGCAGAAAAUCACAGGAAUGCUUCUGGAGCAGCACAAAGAGGCCGUUUUAAACCUUCUCUCUGAUCCAAAACUGCUGGAAGAGCAGGUGAACUUUGCCCUGAAGACACUUAAAGAGCAGAGCAUGGAGGAGACGGACAUUAGUGACUCAUCGGAUGCCGACGACACAGAGAGGCUGGGAGAGAAGCUCUUCUCGCUGGUGGAGGAGCUGGACCCACUUCAUGCUAAUGAUAUUACAGGUAUGCUCCUGGAGAUGGACCCAGCUGCUCUCCAACAGCUGCUCAGUGACCACACAAUGCUGGAGGUUGCUGUUCAGAAAGCACGAGCAGCACUGGAUACUUAAAAUUGAACUCUCUCUACUUGAACAGAAGAGGACGACAACAUUUUACACACAGAAUAACACAGUUAUAAAUUAAUGACUUUGAUGAAUUUGAAGAGCUGACACCACUUUAGGAGAUCGUGAUAAUACAAGUUGCCUAUUGCAUAACCAGCUAUUUGUGUUUUAUACAGAUUUUUGAGUGACCUGUGGACAGUUUUAGGUUUUACUGGACGUACUGUAAAUAAUUGAAGAGUCUAGUAAGCUUAUUCUUAGCUGAGAUUACAUUGGUGUUAUUGUCCCUUUCUAAUACGGGUAUGCUCACUUUGCUGGUACGUGAUUAUCUUUCUCAGAUAAAUUGACUGGACAUAAGUGCCAUUGUGCCAAACAUCCACAACAAGACAUUAGACUCAUCGUUUCUUGAUGGAAUUGUUUACAGCAGGCUGUAAGUCUAUGAGAGAAGUGCUUAUCUAUGUCCUGCUAUGAUGAUUUGCUUGUUUUGGUACUGUACUCAUAAUGAUUUAACUGUAUAAAUUGGUGGAAUAUCUUUGCUAACAAAAAAUACAGCAGAUUAUACAUAAACUAAAGAAGCUCUACAUUAGCAA